AUGGGAUAAGGAUGCUGUUAAAAAAUGAGUCAUCUUCCAAGCAUUGGCUAACAACCAGAAAAAUUAUAUACUCAAACAUAUAAUGAAGUACUCUAUAAAUUUAAGAAAGUCUUAAUCUCAAUUUAUAACUCCCGAUCAAACAUAACCAAAUGUCAUUUCAGAUGCAAAAUUCUUAUUCAAUUUAAAUAAUGAAACCCUUAAUCUAGAUUUAGGCUUUGGAAGCAAUGUUUUUUUUUAUGAAGAACAUCCUUAAAUAGAGAAUGAAAUUGUAUUGAGCACUUUAUAAAAAUAAGGUAUAUAUAAGAUGCCUAAAGAACCUAAUCUUAUUGAUGUUGUUAUCUAUCCACCUAUUGUAAUAUUAUUAUUUAAAUUCAAGUAAGAUAAGAACACCAAGAUUAUUUAUGUUGGAGGUUGGAAAAAUUAUUAGAGAAAUGGAUAUGGACUACAGUAUUGGCCUAGUGGGGCUUUCUAUGAAGGGGAAUGGAAAGAUGAUAAGGCUAAUGGGUAAGGAAGAUUGAUACAUACAGAUGGAGAUAUGUAUGAAGGGGAAUGGAAAGAUGAUAAAGCAAAUGGAAAAGGAACCUUUUAUUACUAUGAUGGGGCAAAGUAUACUGGGGAUUGGUUUGAUGAUUUACCUCAUGGAGAAGGUAGAGAGGAAUGGCCUGAUGGAACUGUUUAUGAAGGAAAAUUUAGUUAUGGAAAAAAAGUUGGAAAAGGUAUAUAUCUAUUUGCUGAUGGUGGUUUAUAUGAUGGGGAAUUUUAGGAUAAUUAGAUGUAAGGAAAGGGUGUCUAUAAAUGGCCAGAUAAGAAAGUUUAUGAUGGAUUCUGGAUCUAAGGGAAAAUGGAAGGUUAAGGUAGUCUAAAAUGGCCUGAUGGUAAAAAGUACGAAGGUAUUAAAAACACAAGAUUUAUAAAGGACAGUUUGUUAAUGGUAAAAGAGAUGGAAUUGGAACUUUGAAUUUUCAAGAUGGUAGGCAAUAUAAUGGAUAUUGGAAAGAUGGAUUAAUGCAUGGUUUUGGAACAUAUAAAGACAAAACUGGGAGUAAAUAAGGAGAAUGGUAUGAAGGGAGAUUCAAUCUGGAAUCACUUAAACUUUGA